UUCUGGGACAACCAACUGACGACUGAAGAAAUGGAUCUCAUAUGCGGUACAUAUGAGGUUGCUACAGGUAUGUGUGUACUUUUUUCUCAUACUAUAAUACGAUCCUGGUGGCCUCGUCCGAAUUCAUGGAGAACAUGUGGGCUUAACUGUGGAUUCUGGUCAAAAGAUGCCAAAGAUUGGUUUCAAAAGCGACUGACCAAA